AUGAGUACACUCUGGAGUGAACAGCUGGAGGAACCAGACGGCUACGAUUCGGAGGAGCAGGAGCACACAGAAGAGAGAGAGGAAUGCCAGACAUACGGGGAGGACAAGAUUUGUGACGCAGAGGAACAGCUGUCUGUUGAAGAGAAGAGUAGAGACGCAGAGGAUAGCUACGUUCCUCUGGAGGAGACGUCUGAGGAGGCAGAGGGUAGCGGCGUUAGUGGGGACGGCUUGAAGGACGGCCGCCGGCGCUGGUACCGCCUGGGAGAGGUGCUCUCCGUGGAGGAGGACGAGCGCCACGAGUUCAAAGGACACCGCAACGUCUGCCCCGAGGACAUCCCGCCCUGGUGCCGCCGCGCGCAGGACACUUCCAGCCGCACGCGCUCUUCCAUCUCCAGGAACCUGUGCGGCUUCCUGAACCGAGGCGUGGGUGGCGUGGUGCUGGUGGGGGUGUUGGACAGCGGGGUGGUGGUGGGCUCGCGGCUGGCGCCCAGCCAGCAGCAGCACCUGAUGCUCAGCCUCGAGGACGCGCUCGCCAGGUUCCGCCCGCCCGUGCCGCGCCACCUCUGGUCGGUGAGCUUUGUCCCUGUGCUCGGGCCCAAGGACGGACUGCCCACACAGAGGUAA